UUUCGCUGCCGAAUUGAUUUGGAAGUUGUCUGAUUUGAAACAGUAGGUGAUCGGCGUGGCUAUGAAAUCAAAUUUCCUGCAUACAAUAAUACGUGUACUUAAUGACAUAAUCAAUUGACAACGACCAAAGAUAAUAUGGAGUCAACUGAAGAAGGCGCGACAGACAACAAGCAAUCGCUGUGGGUUGCUAACGUUGCAGUUGCUAUUAUAGGGAUUGUCUACGGUGUCUACGUUACUGCUGUUCUGAUUAUCAACGAAUUACGCCGCAAAAAAGGAUUGAAAAAUUGUGCAAAUAGAAAUGCUAGGGAAAGAAAAAUUGGAGGAAUGGCCAGGGGAUUGUGUAUUGGCGGAUCGUUUGUACUGACUAUUUUUAGUGCAUUGAAAUUAUCAACAUCAUUUGUUGAUGGCCAAUCUCAGCAAAUAAUAUUCGUAAAAUUUUCAUAUGAUUGCAACGCACUGGGAAAAUCAAGAGAAAUUUGUUUAAUAAUAUGUUUUUUCAUUAUUUACUUUUUUUUAUGGACGAGGCAGAGGAUAUUCUACAUACACAAAGCACUGUCCCAUUUGAACAGCCGAAAAUUAUCUACGAUUAGUUAUGUAAUACUGAUAUUGUGGGUGACGUAUGCCAUCUGUGCUUCAUGCUGUCUUAUGGUGAUCGUACAUUACGAGCACAAACCUGGACUUGGUUGUGUAACAGCCUCAGAUACAGCCAAAUAUCUUCGGGCAAUUUUGAUAUCAUACGUUAUCGUGAGCACACUGAUGCAGGUAUCGUUGCUGUAUUUAUUCGUGUAUCCUAUUAUUAGCAGAUCUGCUUUAGCAAGCAACAGUUCUAAUGAAAACCGUUCCAGAACGCGAGUAAUGGGACGUGUUAAGAAGGCUAUUAUAUUAACAUUGAUUUGUAUAUUUACCGACAUAAUUUCCUUGGUUAUUUCGAUUGUUUCAUUUUCAAAAGAAACAAACAUGUUUUCUUCCACUUAUAUUAUCAAUUUAAUUGUGAAUGUUAUGUGUAUUAUAUUUUGUUUUGACAAUUGGAAUAAGAUGUUGAUACCUUGCUGGAAAACAACCAGAGAGGAAAGGGCCAAAGCUUUAGGAAACAUGCCAUCAACAUCUCAUGCAAGCAACCGGGGUACUAGUAUUACAAAGUCGUCUUUAAAAUGAUGUAAAAUGAAUACCAAGUAUAUCCCGGAAUUCUAUCAGUCAAUCAAUCAAGUCUCUCUCAUGGUGAUUGAAUAAGGAAUAAAUACGUGGUUGUUUUACUCGGCAUCCGUAUCCGAUUAAAAACUAAUUACCCAUGAACUUUAUUCUGAUAAAGUUUUCUAUCAAUUUUCCUUUUCCCCAAAUUUAUUAUGUCACUUAGUGUUAGUUCACUUAUAAGCAUUGAACCUGGAACCUAUAACAUUUAUUUAUUGAUACCAACUGGCCUUUAGACAGUUCAUUUCUUUCGACAUACCGUGACCAAAAUAAUUUCUCAGUAGAUAUCAUUUGAAGUGUCAAAAAAGUUCCAUAUAUACCUUCAACCCUGAAAAGUAGCAUUACGAAGUAAUUCUAGCGCAUAUUCUUUUCUUUUUAUAAUCUUGAUAAUGUCUCUAAGAAUAUCAAUGAUUACUACGGCACCUAUUAAAGUCAUAUGUGUGAAUACUUUUAUUCCGUUUUAUUUUGUUUGCUUUUAUUGAUGGAUAUGGAAUUAAAAAAUAAAACAUUCAUAUUAUAUUU